AUGCCUCUAGCUCUAGGCUCUGAAGAACCUCAAGAACAAUCUAAUGGCAUCCCAGAAGCCAUCUCAACAUCCCGAAAACCUGGUCGGCCUCCUGGUGUGAACUUGGAACCAUACAAAGACCUCAUCGUGAAACUUUUUACGGAAGAGAAUACUCCUAUCGUUGAUAUCACAAGAAAGCUCAAUCUAGAAUUAGGUCUAGAUGUCUCUGAACGUAAAGUCUCUCGAACUUUGGCGACAUGGAACGUCCGCAAAAGAAUUCGUGGACCCAUAUCUCCGGCUCUCCAAGAUCGAUUAACCUACCAUUACAACUUAAAUCUUAACGAUGACCAAAUUGCCCAAGCAUUGAUUUCUGAAGGAUUCGAAAUUAAAAGGACGCAUAUGGGACGUUUAAGGCAGAAGCUUGGUAUGCGACGAAGGUCUCGAUAUUCAGAAUUUCGCGAGAAUUCAGAAGGAUCCGCAGCUGUCACCAAUCGAACUCCCAAACCAUCGUCAACAUUUGCAUCGAAACCGAAGAAUACAACUCCAAAAAUGGCACAGAAUGCUGGGUUAAUUACACAGGUUACGGCGUUUGUAGAGAAGUACAUGAGUGCAUAUGAUGGAUCUCACGAUUUCAAUCAUAUUCGACGCGUUGUCGGACUGGCACAUAGAAUAUACAAGGACCUAAACGAGGAGAGAAUGGACGAACCAGAGUUGGAUUUGCAGGUUGUCACUUUGGCGGCACUCUUGCAUGAUGUGGGUGAUAAGAAAUAUCUCUUGCCUGGCCAGGACCAAAAUACUUUGGUGCUUUCGACGCUGUUGGGUUUUGGGGCCGAAGAGAAGCUGGCUGUCAAAGUGCAGAGAAUUGUUCUUGGAGUUUCGUAUUCAAGUGAAAUUCAGGAUUUGGCAGCAGUGGAGGGCUUGAUCGAGAAAUAUCCGGAGCUGGCUGUGGUACAAGAUGCCGACAGGUUAGAUGCAAUUGGUGCCAUCGGGAUAGGGCGCACAUUCACAUUUGGCGGAGCAAAGGGUGCAAGAGAUAUGGGAGAGACUAUUCAACAUUUCGAAGACAAGCUGGAGAAAUUAGGGGGAAUGAUGAAGACAGCUCCGGGUAAACGACUGGCGGAGGAAAGGACUAAGAGACUGACAACGUUCAAAGACUGGUGGCAGGAAGAACAAGUAACAUUGAAGAUGAACAGCAUGGCGCCAGAACUACUCAAGCAUAUCCUCACCUGCCUUCCCAUGUCCUCACUUCGCUCAUGCCGCUUCGUCAAUCGCGCUUUCUCCAUGCUUGCUUUUUCGCUUCUCUUUUCAGAUAUACGCAACUGGCUGGAUUCUAGCAAAUCCCUUCAGCUUCUUGUUUCAAUCGCCCAUGAUCCUUUCAAUAGGCCUACAGUCAUCUGGUCCCCAUGGGCAACAGUUUAUGAUGUGCAUGUCGAAGUGGUAUGGCUACAGAUUGUUUGGAGAAUACUCAAGGGGGGCGACCUCAGCUAUGAAGGCGAGUUGACGGCGGAGAACUUUGCUGGGCUAAGUGGAAUGUUCGAGAUGACCGAGGGAAGACUGAGUACUGCUCAAUUUAGAUACCUGAUCUUCAAGUCUUACAUGAAAAAGCCUGUACUCAAGGUCGAAGGAAGAACACACAUUACCGAUAUCUUGACAAAUCCAAAACCUGUCGCUCCUUAG